AUGAACUUCGUCCAACUGAUCAACCUGAACUUUAGGCUUCCCCCGAACGUCAAAUUUGAGACUGACGAUAUCGAGCAGCGCUGGGUCGGCCGUAGGAAAUUUGACUUCAUCUUUUGCCGCUACAUGGGCGCCUCAAUCAAAGACUGGCCCAAGUUGAUGAACAACAUUUACCACCACCUCGCCCCGGGAGGCUGGGCAGAGUUCCAGGACGUCAACACCUCCUUCUACUCCCAAGAUGGAACAUACACAGAGGACACGGCCACAUGUAAGUGGAUGACCGCCUUCAUGGAGGCAUGCUCGGCAACACGCCGCGAUCCCAGCGUCGGGGCGAAGUUGGAGGGCUGGGUCAGGGAUGCCCAGUUUCAAAAGGUGGUCGCGAACCGUGUGCGGGCACCGCUUGGCCCUUGGCCCAGGGACCCUUGGUAUUGUGAACUUGGCAUGAUGAACAUGAUUCUGACGCUCAACGGGCUGGAGGCUCUGUCACUGAAGCUCUUCUCUGAGAUGCUUGGAAAAUCGCAAGCGGAGAUCGAGGCGCAGUUGUCCAACGUCCGAGAAGAGUUGAUGAGCAAUUCAUUUCAUGCGAUGUUUGACAUUCACGCUGUCUAUGGUCAGAAGCCGGUUAACCCUUGGUAA